UUAAGAUAAUGUUUAUGAGCAUAGUGAUUUUCUAAAGAGAAUCGAAAAAUAUUCUUGUGAUUGCAUGAAACACACUUCAUUCAGCAUACGUACAUUUGUUUGUAUAGUACAUUAAUAGACAACAAAGAUUUGAAAAAAUAUUCCUGUAAUCUUCAAGCGAACAGUUGUAGAAGAGCACGCAAGUGGGCCGGACUUAUAGGAAAUAAGCAUUUCUUUUGUAUGUGCAACGAAACAUAAUUUAAUCAUUUUAAGUAGUUUAAUAAAUCAUAGAAGAUCUUGAGCUGAUAAAAACAAGAGUUCACAAUGAUUGCGAAACGGAUCCUAUCAACACUACGACAAACACCCCAGCUCUACACCGCGGCUGUUAACACCAAAAAAUUCGCAACCACAAUAGAGCCACCAAAGUUCGAUUGGCAAGAUCCACUCAAUUUGGAAUCGCAACUAACCGAAGAUGAGAUCGCUAUGCGUGACGCAUUCCGUAGUUACUGCCAAGCAAGCUUGUUGCCGCGCAUCACAGACGCCAAUCGCAAUGAGGUGUUCCACAAGGAAAUUAUGGAGGAAAUUGGCAGCUUUGGUGCUUUGGGUUGCACUCUAAACGGCUAUGGGUGUGCAGGUGUGUCAAAUGUCGCUUAUGGUUUAUUGGCCAGAGAGAUAGAACGUGUAGAUUCAGCUUAUCGCUCUGCCUUGAGCGUGCAAAGUUCUCUGGCGAUGGGAGCUAUUUUUGAUUAUGGCUCUGCUGUGCAAAAGGAAACCUAUCUGCCUCGUAUGGCUCAGGGCAAAAUAAUUGGAGCAUUUGGUUUAACCGAACCAAAUCACGGUAGUGAUCCCGCCGGUAUGGAAACCCGUGCGAAAUAUGAUAGUGCCAGCAAAUCAUACAUUCUGAAUGGUUCCAAAACGUGGAUCACAAAUUCGCCGAUAGCAGAUGUUAUCAUUGUCUGGGCCAAGGGCGAAGAUGGCAAAGUGCGUGGUUUCAUAGUGGAUCGAUCACAAUCUGGCAAGGGCUUAUCUACACCCAAAAUCGAAGGUAAAUUCUCUUUGCGUGCCUCUACCACUGGCAUGAUCUUGAUGGACGACUUACGUGUGCCAGAAGGAAAUCUUUUACCAAAUGUGGAGGGUUUUAAGGGUCCCUUCGGUUGCUUGAACAAUGCACGCUAUGGCAUUGCAUGGGGUGCUCUAGGAGCCGCCGAGGCAUGCUUGGGAAUAGCGCGGCAGUAUACGUUGGAUCGGAAGCAGUUUAAACGGCCGUUGGCCGCUAAUCAAUUGAUACAAAAGAAAUUUGCAGAUGCGCUGACAGAUAUUGCGUUAGGUUUGCAAGCAUGCUUGCAGGUAGGUCGUCUGAAAGAUCGGAAACUGCACACUCCUGAAAUGAUUUCACUCAUAAAACGAAAUAAUUCGGGUAAAGCGCUAGAUAUUGCUCGGAGUAUGCGUGAUGUUUUGGGCGGAAAUGGAGUGUCCGAUGAAUACCAUGUUAUACGGCAUUGCAUGAAUUUGGAAGCGGUUAACACGUAUGAAGGCACUCACGACAUCCAUGCGCUUAUUCUUGGACGCGCUAUUACAGGCAUAGCAGCGUUUGCCAAUUGAAAUACAUAAUAAUAAUUGAAAUACAUGUUAUACAUAUUGUGCUGAUGCUUGAGUUAGAAUAUUUUCUGAAAGCUGUUGUGUUGGUAUUUAAAUGCAUUUAUUUAUACGGUCGUGUAUUUUAUAAAAUAAGAGGAAAGACAGUAAUAUUAAGAAAAA